CCUGUCACUGUUAAUCCAGCUGGGCUGUGCUGUGCCUCUGCUGUGCUUUAGUAAAUUUGUGCAGUCUGAUGAAUUCCCGGCGGACGGGAGAAAACACCACACUUUGAAGCAGAAACUUCCCACUCACUGGAUUUACACCCAGCGGGAGCCUCAGAUCACAGAGGAGACACUCAGCUUCACGGGACUCUGCUGAGCCCAACCAUGAGGUCUGGUCCAGGCACUGUGACCGUGCUGCUGCCCGCCGCUGUCUGCUUAAGCUUGUUUCCGUUGUGUUUCGGGGCUGCGAUUCCUGUUUCAUGUGGCUCAAUCUACAAGAGCUUUGCUCAGUGUUUACUCACACUCGGGGACAGUUUGGUAGAAACACAAAAAGACCAGAAUACGCAGGACAUUGAUGCAAUCUGCAGGUCCUGGAAUGCGUUCCACGUCUGUGCCAACUCGGCUCUGGCCGGCUGUCCCGGGGAAGCAGCAGCUGUCUGGGAGUCUUUGCGACAAGAGUCCAGGAAGGCGCAGUUCUCUGGAAAUCUCUACGACAUGUGUGCCAGUCGCACCACGCUCCCCCCCAGCACCGUGCCUGUUCCUCCCAGUCCUCCCACCUCAGACCAAACCAACCAGGAGACUCUGAAAGGCCGAACACACAAGGAAAGGCCCACCUUUGCCACAGUGCUGCUUCCUGUGUUCAGCCUGCUGCUGGUGCUGCUCAGGAGUUAG